CAUACAUCAAGGGUUCUUUCUGACAGAUACGCCUUGGAACAGAUGACGGGGAAAUGGUUCGGCAAGAUAGUACAAGACAGGGUUAUCAAGCCCCUUGGUUUGAAUCGUACUUUCUACAUAACUCCCGCGGAUUCCCUCGGGAUUAUACCAGGUGGUCGCUAUGAAACGAAUUGGGCUUUUAACAUGGAAAAUGAGUUGCCUACCGGCAAUAUGUAUGCAUCCUCCUCGGAUUUAUCCCGAGUCGGCAGAGCCAUAUUAAGAUCUACUCUUCUACCACCAUCUACGACGAGAAGAUGGCUCAAGCCCAUGAGCUUCAGCUCAGAUCCAAGAUCUAGCGUAGGUGCACCGUGGGGUGUACGUCAGCUUCAAUUUUCUGAAGAUUCGCCUUACCAAUUCGCAACCACCUUUAACAAAGCCGGAAGUCUAGGGAUGUAUAGUACCUUGCUGGCUAUCAUCCCAGACUUUAAUAUCGGAUUCUCCAUCUUGGCUGCUGGUGAUGUUCCCCCUAGUUUACCUAUGGAUAUAGCAGACACGUUGUCGAAUACUUACCUCCCAACCAUGGUGAACACGGCACGCAUCCAGGCAGAUGCGCUCUAUGAUGGAACAUAUAAGAACUCUAAUUCUGCGGUGAAUUCAUCUUUAAGCAUCGUGGUUGACAGUAAAACCCCUGGCCUGAGUCUAAGUUCGUGGAUUAGCAAUGGAACGAACUUGCUAUGGUAUUCUGUAGCCAUGAGCCGAAACGUGACCAAAGAUUAUUGGGACAAAAUUCAGCCAAGCGUUCGACUUUAUCCAUCUGGGUUGUGGGACGCGACGUCUGACGGAGGGAAAAGAGUUGCGUUCAAGGCAGUAUUUGAGGACCUAAGCUUGCCUGACGCCUCGGAACCUUUUACGACGGACUGCUCGACUUGGGUCAGCGUCGCAGGGAUCAUGUACGGCUCCAAACCGUUGGACCAGUUUAUCUUUAACAUCAACGCCGCCGGAAAUGUGAUGAGCAUUGAGAAUGCUGCAUUAAGGAAUAGACUAGAGAAGGUAGUAUAAUAUCUAUAAACUUAUCCCCGUUACCUUAAUAAGCGCAAGACCAGUUACAUAUUUCCUAGUAGUGAAAUGGCUGCUUAUCGCGUCUAAGGGAUCACGAGUGACGCCUCCUUAACUUCGCCGACAACCGGAAAUAACUGUUUGAUA